AUGUAUUGGAGGCGGUGGCGAUUACCUUCAAUGCAUUUCCUAAUGCAACAAAGGUAUGUUUCGAAAAUGUUUAGGAAAGAAAAAUGUGAAAUCUAUUCAUAAGUUUUCCGCUUCAGAUCGGCAGCUAGUCACGUGCAAAGUAUUUCGAAAAAUCCGAGCUCUCUUAGUUCUACAACUAAACAACACAAAGAAAGUAGUUGGGAGUUCCAAAAGCUUCCCGUUAAAGCGAAUCCAGUAAGUUUCCUUCGCUUUUUGUGCUUUUCUCGAACAUAAUCAGUAAAAGGAGCUGAAAAAAGAGUGAGCAGCACCAAAAAGAGUUAUCCAAAGCCCUCAUCUGCAUAGUUCUUCAAGCUUCGAGGAUGCAAAACUGAAGGUCGACCUUGAUCUAGGUCUCGGAUGAGUUCAAAGCAAAUAUUAAUAACCGUAUUUUGAUAUUUCCUUUGAUUUAGAAAAGUUCUUUUUUCGAAAGCUGAACAAAUGGAAAAAUUCAAAAAGAAUUUAAAGAAACAGCUAAUCGCCCGCAUGAGGUGCUCGACCACUAUUUUUUUUCUGAUCAUCUGCCCAAGAAUUUUCUCCCAAUUAGCUGUAUAUAUAAUUGGAUUUCAGAACUUUUCGAAAGUGAGGACGAACUUAACGGAAGCAGAACGAGAUACGAUAUUAGAUGGAUGGAAAAAAGAAAACGAGCAUCCAAGUUCCACCGCUGCGAUAAACGUUCAAGGGCAAGUGAGAGAUGUUGUGUAUGUUUUCCUUUAUUCGGUUCUUAUUUGCUUUAAAUGGAAUUUUCGGUUUGAAAAUAUUAAGGAGAGUGAGAAUUUCAGAUCACACGCUCUAGAAUCGAUAAAAAUACCGAAAGAAGGGCCGCUGAACUCUCCGGAAUCUCUUGACAAACACGAAGUUAAAGGAAAUAGCUACUCAUUUUUGAAUUCAACGUAUGUGUUUAACUGUUAUUUAAGCACUGUUAGUUUUUCCCUUGUGCGAGCGGAGUUUUAAUGAUAAAAAUUGAAAAAUGAACUCAUAUAAAGCUAUUAUGGUUUAAAAUAACAGAUGCGAUAGCAGUUUCGAGGUACAACCUGCUCGAGUUUUUAAAAUCGACGCCUAUGACGGGAAAAGACCGUCCUUUGCAUUCGGCUUUGGUGGCACUUCUACUCCCAUAAGUAAGUGAGUGAAAUAUUUUGAAUAUUAAUUGAAAAUUUAAUCGAGAAUAUCUUAUUUUUGCCCUUUUUUUUCACAGAGUGUUUUUUGAAGCUGUAGCAUAUGUUUUUCGCAAAAAAUAGCAUUUCUUAGGUACAGAAAUUGCUUCUUUCCGCAUUCUAUCUAACUCGUUACGUCUGCACUUGACCUGAUUAAACCAAUGCACGCAUGAAAUCUAUUCCUACGAGUUUCAAACGUUUUAUUUAUAUUUGUAGGGCUCCAGCCCCCAUUCGCGAGGUUCUCGCCGAAGAGGAAGAGAACGUGAGCGAGAUUUGGCAAACAGCUCGCGAAAAUCUUCCUGAAAUUCGUAGUGAGAAAUCGGAGAACGAGGUGAAUGGAAAUGCUAGUUAGAAGUUCACCUUUUCUGUUGUAUAGACGAUCGCCAUGGACCUUAUCAGAGACCUUUAUCCACCCACAAAAUUCCCUGAACCGAAGAAAGUGGAAUCUCAACGAGAAACCGAUGUAGGUUACUCUCACGUCUGUUUAAGGUUGCCGGUCGUACUACGGAACUUUGGAUAGGUUUUUCAAUAAUAAAGUGAAAUCUUGUGUAAUUUUUGUGACGUAACUUACCUUGUAACCUCGAGAAACCCUUUGUAAAAAAAAAAUUGUAAAAAAGAAAGAACAAAAAAAAAUUUCCUGGCACCGAAACUGAUUGCGCAAUAUUGACCGGCCACCGGCCGCCGUAGUACUGUCGGCAUUUGCCUUUCUUCUUUUUCCUAAAGAAAGAAAUUUGAAUUGUUUUUAAUCAGAAUUUUUUCCCAGAAUGCGUUCCGAUCCUUUUGUAAGCGCACAGUGGGAGAAAAGGUCACAACAUGGACUAAGAAAAACGCUUCUGCCGCAGAACGGAAAUCCAUAUUCGAAUUCUUCAAGGAGAUGCUCAGCAAACACCCCGUUUUAGGGUUUGUCCAUAAGCUUCUCCAAUUUACUACACGCAGAGUUUCCAGGUUCAAUGAUCAAGAGCUGCAGAUUAGUACCGAUGCGCAAAUGGAAUAUUCUAUGGAGUGUAUUAUCGAGAAAUAUGCGGUUUUUGCAUCGCUUUGGUCAAGAAUAUGGGAUUUUCGUUUUCAGAAGUUAGUCGUGCAGGACAAUGAGCUCAUCGGUACAGUAAGCCACGUCAUAUGCAAGGUUUACUUUCCGUUUUCGGAAUGUUAACUUUUUAUUUUUUAGCUUUGCUACAAAAACAAGACGUUUGAGAGGGCUUUCAUUGACUUCAUCAUGUCGCAAAGCGUUUUGUUGCGAUACAACGCCAUCGAGUGGUAUAUUUUAAAUAGCGUAGUUUCAAGACCUUACAGAGGGCACACUCAGGAAUUUUAGGCUGGUCCUAAUAGGGAUUAGGGAAAAAACCGCCUAUAGGGGUUGUGGGUCUGACCCCUUAACCUCAAAAGCUUAGGUGACCCUUAUAGGGGUCGUUCAAUUUCAUUCAAAAAAGGUUUUUUUUAGUUUUCGCAGGGAAUUUUAUGAAAAUUAUCGAAUAGCAUGCCCCCCUAAAGGGGCCACUAACUAUAACACCUAUAGGGACCUUUUCUGCAAGCUUCAGUGGACCCUAUAGGGGUUGGUUAAGCAGCCCAUAAAGGAGUUCCUUGAAAGGCCUUUAAGGUUACCCCUAUAGGGGCCACUAUCGUAAAUGAGUUUUUGGAAAAAAAUCCUCCUGUUUUUAUCUUUGUUUAACGCUCCCACAUUACAAGACUCUCAUAUCCGUGAGCAAAAGUUCGAGUUCAUUAGAUAAAUAUGUUUUAAACUCAUUCACAACAUCACAUUUUUGCGGAGUUCAUGUAUACAGGCUCAUUUAGCAAAAUAUUUUCCGCCUCUGAGAUGUAUUUCAGUUCUCAGAUCAAUUCUUUAUCAUAGAAUUUCAUCUGAAUGACCUUUUUAGCUUGCUUUGCGAAUUUUAAACUUGCAGUGAUGAUUAUUUUUCUGAAAUGGCCAACCGAAGGAAGGACGAGCGAGCCCUUGCUUUGAACCAUGAGAAAUCUUUGAUUUCUCUUUUCAUGACUGUUCACACAAAAAGUUGCAUUUUUCUAUCACCAUGUUAUCUAAACAAAAAAUUUAGACGCGGUGUUUUCAAAAAACGGCGUAGAUGUUAUUUUGAGCGAGGAUAAGCUUCAAAAAUUGGCCCUCACUGCUGUUCAUAACGCUGUUCUUGUACGCAGAUCUUCAAUUUUACUCACGUUUCUUAUCACGGUUUGUUGUUUUCGCCCGGCGGGAUGUAUCAAUUUCUUUUCAGGACUGUAAACCGAUUUUGUCUAAAAACGAAGUCUUCUGGGCAGAUUUCGUAUCGAAAUUGCGGGAAACGUUGCCGUGUCUGGAAGAAGAGGCGAAUUCACUUGGUGGUGACGACGUUUCCAGCCUUGCUAUUUUGCAAAAUUACUCGAAAUGCUUGUGA